AUGAACAAUACUAAAUCAGUAACAGAAAACGAUGUUAAUAGAAUUAGGUUAGUGACAUGUGUUGUUGGGUUAUUUAUGGUGUUGGAGUUAUGGGGACAUUUUAAAACUAAAAGUUUGAGUUUAUUAGCAGAUGCAUUUCAUUUAAUAAUUGAUUUUUCUAGUUUCCUAAUUAGUCUUGUAACUCUAAAAAUAGCAAGUAAAAAUUCUAAUGAUAAAUAUACUUUUGGUUAUCAAAGAGUUGAAAUAAUUGGUGCAAUCUGUUCUAUAUUGUUAAUAUGGGUAGCUGUUAUCUAUUUAAUUAUAGAAUCAAUUCAUAAUUACUUACAUCCUUCUGAGAUAAAUGGAAAAUUAUUCUUAGGAAUUGCUGUUAUUGGACUUUUUGUUAAUAUCUUCUGUUUAAUUAUUUUAAAUGGAGGUAUAAAAUUUUUUACUGAUAGAACUGCUGUUGAAAGAACUGCUUGUAAUCACUAUCAUUUUAAUUCAUCAUAUUGUGGAGCAAAUCUUAAUAUAAAAGCAGCAUACAUUCACGUUAUUGGUGAUAUUUUGCAGAGUUGUGGAAUAAUAAUUGCUUCUCUAAUUAUUUAUUUUAAUCCACAUUUAGUACUAGCUGAUAUAAUUUGUACUUUCAUAUUUGCUUUAAUAGUGUUUGGAUCUACAAUCAGUGUUUUGAAAGAGGCUAUAAAUAUUUUAGUAGAAGGUGCUCCUAAAAACAUUAAUUUAGAUGAAAUAAGAAACUUUAUUAUGUCACAAAAUAAAGUGAUCAAAGUAUUAAGCUUUAAUUGCUGGUCAUUAGGAUUAGAAAAAAAUUGUAUUAUAUUAAAUAUACUUACUGAUCAUAUAAAAAUGCCUGAGUAUGAAACUAUUUUAAAGGAAGUGAAAGAGAAGAUUAACUCAAUGGGAUCAUUUGAAAUAUUAAAUAUUCAAAUAACAACACCUAAGAUUAAUGAUUUUCCACAAACACUGGUAAUAUAA